AUAUUGGCUGCCUCCAGCGUGGGACUGCCUCAUAAAACCCUACCCAGGGUACCUGUUUCCUCCUAGGGUCAAGGCAAGCUGUUCCCCAAGCAUUCUGCCAGGACAAGCUGGAUGCAAACGCUGUUAGCAAGGGCAGUUCAGCAGAGCAUCACCAUGGUGAGGAACAUUGAUGACUUUGAUUUUUGCCUUCCAUCCCAUUCUCAGUCCAUUCUGGAAGGGCUGCAGGCCUUGCGCAACAAUCCCAAACUCUCAGAUGUCACCUUGAUUGUUGGGGAUCAUGAAUUCCCGUGCCACCGCAGUAUCCUGGCUCUCUGCAGUAACUACUUCAAUGCCAUGUUUGCUGGUGACUUCAUAGAAAGCUUUUCAGCCCAUGUAGAGAUCAAAGAUGUGGAUCCUAUCAUUAUGGAGUCCUUGAUUGACUUUGCUUACACAGGGAAAGUGACCAUCAACCAGGCAAAUGUGGAGGCUUUAAUUCGAACAUCCAACCAGCUCCACUUCCCCAUCAUCCGGAAAGUCUGCAUUCGGUACUUGAGGCAGCAGAUGGAUGCAACCAACUGUCUGGGAAUUUGUGAGUUUGGGGAGCUGUAUGGUUGUCCAGAGGUGUCAUCCAGGGCCUGGUCAUUUCUGCAAGAAAAUUUUGAGCUUGUGUCUCAACAGGAAGAGUUCCUCCAAUUAUCCAAAGAGAGAUUGGUUACCUACCUAUCCAACAAUCUGCUCCAAGUCCAAGAAGAGCAGAGCCUAGUUGAGGCCGUACUCAGGUGGGUGAAGUAUGAAAAAUCUACCAGAGCCACAGAUCUUCCAGAACUCCUUGACUUAGUGCAUCUGGUCUCACUGCCAGAUCAGUAUCUACAGGAUCUUUUGUCUUCAGAACCAUUGAUUCAAGAAUCAGAAGCAUGCAAAACCAUCAUCACCAAACAUCGGAGCACGGUGGAAAACAGGCCAUUUGUUGAGCAGAGAUUGAAGGCCCUUCCACAAAAGCUUGAGGAGGUGCUGGUGGUGGUGGGAGGCAGAGUUCUGGAAGAGAAUGAAGAAGAUGGAGCGCCCCCACCAAUCUCCAGGAAUUUUGCAUUUUAUAACACUAAGACUAAAGCAUGGAUUGCUCUGCCUGAUUUUCCAGAUUACAAUAAGUGGGGCUUUUCUAUGAUUGCUCUAAACAACGAUGUUUACAUCACAGGGGGCUCCAGAGGAUCACAGAAUGACACAUGGUCUACAACCCGGUCCUGGUGCUUCUGCCUAAAGAAAAGUGCCUGGAAACCCAUUGCUCCAAUGCUGAAGCCUCGAACGAACCAUGCCAGUGCUGUUCUCAAUGGAGAGAUCUAUGCCAUUGGUGGCACAACGCUGGAUGUUGUGGAAGUGGAGUGCUACGAUCCUUAUAAUGACAGCUGGUCCUUUGUCAGCCCUGCCCUGAAGUAUGUCAGCAACUUUGACGUAGCUGGCUGUCUUGGGAAGUUGUACCUCAUUGGAUCGUGUGCGGUCAAAUAUAAUGCAUUAACCCUGCAGUGUUACAACCCCGCCAUUGAUGUCUGGAGUGUAUUUGCAUCCCCCUUCAUCCCAAAGUACCUCUCUGCUCCCCGCUGUGCUUCCUUGCACGGAACCAUCUACCUUAUUGGUGACAACACAAAGAAGGUUUAUGUGUAUGAUCCAGAUGCUAACAUAUGGCAGAAGGUGCAACAGCUUCACACCCUGCAUGAAAAUGGAGGGAUGGUACCUCUUGCAGGUAAACUCUUUGUCACAGGAGGCUACUGGAAAGGAAUGGAUGGAGACUAUCAAGUGGAGAUGGAAAUCUAUGACUGUGCCAAGGAUGUGUGGACAAGGGAGGGGGCCCUUCCAUGCUCAUGGCUCUAUCACAGCUCCUCUUCUAUCUUCAUGGAUACUUCUAGGUGGAAGGAACCUUUCCUGGGAAAUAGUUUGUGACACUAGAAGAUGAAAUGUGGCCUCACAGCUUAGCUGCCAACAGCACAAUCUGGAAAAGGGACUGACUUCUUUUCAGUAGCACAUUUUUUACAGUUCCUUUUACUUUCACCUUCUUUUUCUGCUUUUACAAUAAUCAUCAUAUUUCUAUUACACCCCUUGUUGGGUGCAACCAAUUUGCCCCCAGAUCAGGAUGAAUAACUGGUCAAAUCACUAGCAUUUAAAACACCACUGGUAAAGGCUGAAAAAUAGGAUUAUAUGACUGAUAAGGAAUGAGGGUGAAAAUGAAGAACCCAGAAUGGUCAUGGUUGACUGGGCAAUGCUGGGAGUUGUAGUCCAACAGAUGUGAAGGGAACCUGUCCAAAGAAAGCUGCCCUAAAAUGAGCAUAUCCUCAAAAUAAGGCUUAGGAUUAGGUCACACGUGUUACUUCCAGCUUCUGCCUUUGCUCUUGAGAUAGUGUGCCAUGGUAAUGUGAGAAGCAGAGGUGUAGAGAAUCCAGUGGUUGAAAUGUUUGCCAUGUCUAAACUUGCUCCAUGUUACUUCUAGAAAGAUGCCACAGUUGAUAUCCAAGCAAUUUCAGUGCAGAAUUCAUUAUGACUCUAAUACUCAUAUUAUAUUCAAGCAGAUAACUAGUGAGAAAAGAGAACCAAUCCUGCAAAGAGCUAAGUGAGUGCAAGUGUACUGAGUCCAUUGACUGCUUAAUUGUGUUGGAUUGUGGCCAGAAGUAACAUGAGCCAGCUCUAAAUCAGAGCUCAGUGUUAAUUUGAGAUCAUAGUAGCUAAUGCUGACAGGUGAUAUAAGUGACUCAUUUUAUGUGGGAGAGAUGCUUUCCUGGAUAAUACGGGAUUCAUAUUUAUAUAGCUCUUUUUAUUGCUGCAGGAUGAUUUCUAUAUUUAAUUACACACAUUCCUGCUUGGCUUAAUUAUCUUGUAUAUUGUUUGUAUUUAUUCUAGCUUGAAAUAGAGCAGGUCAUAUGAUGUAUGUCUUCCUGUUAGUUACCACAGUUUAGUCACUAUGAUCAAGAUCGCUAAGAAUAAUUCCAGCUUGUUAUCAUAAAUUACGUAGCCCCUUUAAUGUUUACUGCUGCUAAUGUUUGCUCAUGCAAACCUAUUUUUGCUGGUAAGUUUUAAAUGAUGGUCAGACAUACAUUUCCUUCUGUAUAUCCAGACUGGGGGACAUGUGGGUGUUUGCUGGACUUCAGUUCUCAGCUACCUCAGCAGCUUCACCAGUGGCCAGGAUAAUGGAGGUUGUAGUGCAACAAACAUCUGGGGACCCCUGGUUUAUAUGGAUGAAACAUAUGUGACCACACACUCACAUAAGGAGGUUUAGUCAAGUGCAACUGGGCUGGUGAAGAUCUACAGGAUCAGAACCUAGCCAAGUUGCUAUAGCAAGUCAGAGCAAAUACAAAAACCAGCACAAAGACAAGCUAUUGUCUCGUUGAGAUUGCAGAAAUGUGGUGUGAUCUAGGGACAUUAUGGUGAUCAAACCCAGAUUGCUAAUAGGAGUCUUUCAUUCAGGAACAAACUUGGAGGAAAAUGGUGAAUACUGCAAAUAACAAAUAGCUAAAUACUGAGAUUAUUAUAACGACAUUUUUACAUGCAGCCUGAUCUCAAGCUUAUUUAUAUGGCAGUAGGUCUCUCAGUAGGGCAAAUUUGAAUAGGCUAAAGAGGACUUAAGCCUUAGAGAGUUGAUGUGUGUUGGUUUGAAGCAUAAUGGGCACAAGCGGCAAAGGACCUAAGGGAGUGAGAAGAUAGUUGUGACUACAUGAAGCCCUGUUGAAUUCAGUACAAAUAACAUUUAUUAUACUGUGCCCUGUAAAUCUAUAAAAAUUCUAUAAAAACAUUAAAAUGUUCAAUUCAUGAAUGGGCUCAUGUAAGCUGCAAUUCAUCAGUAAUGAUUUCAAGGAGGGGGAAUUUAAAUUUCAUUAAAAUCAUCUUACUUUCCGGCAUCUUUUCUGUGAUUUUCAUUAGCUUUCAUUUCUCUGAGAAAUGAUGUUGGUUUUGUACAUGCAGCCGAACUGGAUUGUUUAUGUCUAAUUAAAGGCUUGUCUACCUGAAGUGUUUAUUCUGCUGCUUUUCUGAGCUGGCUGCUUCUGCCUUCUUUGUGGGAGUAAGACUGCCUCUGUUAUACACAGGUUAUUUUUCCCCAGGUUUUUCUUUCCCUGUUUUUCUAUCCAUUCCGUUCUGUUCCAUUCAUUGUGUGUUGUGAAAUAGCAGAACUGCAACUUCACACAGGUAUUACCUAGUGUUUUAUUCCAAGAUAAGGGAAUAAUAACUCCUUAUUCGCUCUUUCAAAAAAUAACCACAAAAAUGGAAAAUGACUGCAAAACACAGGAUGGUCCUGGAAGAUGAUAGCAUUCUGUGGAGGACCUAGAAAGUAACAUGAGUAUCAGAUACAAGUACAAAAUAAAUGCCUGGUGUAGAGAAUCCCUAAGCCACUUCCACAAACAAUCAUGAAGGAAAUGGACAGGUCUGAUCAAAUUCUGAUCAGUAUUAAUUAUGAAUAAAACCAGAACACCAGAAUAUUGGAUGUUUACAGCGAUUGUGUUAAGUUUGGCACUAUCCAGAUUUUUGAUCAUGACAUGAGUAAAAACAUUCAAGGUGACCAACACUUUAUAGAUGACAUAAAUGUUGGUAGAGUUGCAAACAAGGCAAAAGAGAAGAUUAGAAUUCAAAGUGAGCUUAAUAAAUAUGAGAAUGGGGUUGAGAACAGCAGAAUGAAAUUCAGUAUAAGCACAAAUGGCCAUUUGGAGUUGUUUAGAUAGCAAGAAAGGAAAAGAAAAAGCAUUUCUGUUUAUCCAAUUUAUCCUAGACCAGAAUCUAGUCAGUUGCUUCUAUGAAAGACUGUAUUAGAAAUGCAGUUUGGUAACUCUUUGUAAAUUCUUAUAUUGAAUUGGUUGAACUUCCCGUGUGCUAAAUAAAUAGAUAAAUGUAUAAAAUGA